CACUGUCUGUUGAUGUGCCGUAUUCUCAGAGAUCAGAGGACACACACCACACACAAGAGCAGUUAGAAAUACCACUGUCACAAAACUCGAAAACGAUGACUUAAUCCGCGUAUACCUACCUAGUAAUUGGCUUUGUAAUGUUAUUUUAGUUGGAUUGAUUUAUCUGCCUCUUUAGCUCUCAGAUCAAACUAAAUUUUAGUAAGUUUGAGGCUCACUUUUCCUUCUAUUUUAUGAUUUCUCAAAACGUGUUUAGAAAUGGCGACGGAAAACACGACCGUGCAGAUGUCUGGUUUGUGGAUUCAGCCUUCUCGCCCACUCCUUACACCUUUGGAAGACAAAUCGCCCAGUAUAUUCUUCAAGUGCCAAGGAGUUCACAGCUACUUCGUGAAUGCUUCAGUGUUGUCUUUUCUUACGACGGUAAACGUAUGAGAAGGUUCUCCCAGCGGACUGCAAGGAAUCUUUGGAGAUGGGAAGAAUUGUUUAUUGCCCUUAUUGUAAAGAUAAUAUCAAAAUGCGGGGACUCUGUGGAACCCUAGUCACAUGAACAUCAACAAGUCGGACAUAAUUGUAGUGCUGCACAUACAAAAAACUGGGGGUACAACGUUCGAAACAAACUUGGUUGUCCACACGGUGGUCAAUCCUGGAUGCAAGUGCCUUACUGUGAUAAGCGGUCCCCAUAAACUCCAAAGACCCAAAUGUGACUGUUUAAACGCCAAGGGUCAAGUCUGGCUGUUCAAUCGGUGGACAGUUGGAUGGCCAUGUGGUCUACACGCGGACUUCACAGAAAUGUCUACAUGCGUGGACCCGUGGUUCAGGGACAGAGAAGGCGAACUGACUCGAGUCCGAAGGUACCAUUACGUGACCAUGUUACGAGAACCGGUGGAGAGGUUUGUGAGCGAGUGGAGACACGUGAGGUCAGGGGCCACGUGGGAGUCCACACGGCUGUUCUGUGACGGGAGGUCUGCCACGGCCAAAGAGGUCCCGCCUUGUUAUAAGGGAGACACCUGGCGGGGAGUGGCCUUCAAGGAAUUUGUCAACUGUAGAUCCAACUUGGCAUUCAACCGUCAAACAAGAAUGCUGGCCAACCUGAGUCUGUCCGACUGUUACAGACUAAGCUCUAAUCUCACCCUGGAGCAAAGAGACGCCAUCAUGCUUGCUAGCGCUAAACGCAAUCUGGCAAACUCCUUCACUUUCUUUGGACUUCUUGAGUAUCAAGCGGAGAGUUCUCUACUUUUUCAGGAAACGUUCCCGGGGAUCAGAUUUAAGGAAAACGUCAUUGAGAACCAUAACACGAAAGGAGAACGCCAUGCCCAUCUGUUGCCUGUCAUUGACCUACAGCGGGUGAUACAAUCCAAUCAACUCGAUGCAGACUUAUAUCAGUUUGCAAAAAGCCUGUUUUUUCACAGGCUGGACCAAGCGAAUAUUCGUUAUGACAAAAUGCCUUCGACAAAGAAAUAGAGUUCGUAUUAUUAUAGUUUGCGUUGACAUUCUGCUUUUGUAACAUUAAUAUGUGAUAGUCCACACAAAUAAAGACAAGCAUAUUUAGUGGUCGUAUUAUAGAAUGCCUUAGUGAGGUAAAAGGAAGUGAUGACUUGUCUAGUACGUUUUGUGUGAAUUUUUUUGUCAAAGGAUUGUUAAAAGCGCAUACUUUUUUGAAGUGGAAAAUAAUUACAUGCGGAAUGGCUUGGGUUUAAUAUCCCGUCAGUUCAACAUUGUAAAGGGUGAGACUUCCGAAUAUAGCGUUCAUUGCAGACAAUGGCGGGCCAAAAAAGGCGGAGAACCUCCACAAAUUCCCAAACAAUCCAAGUUCCAGAACGUCUACAUGGGGAACUAGAGGUAGAUCUAUCAGUACAUUUUUCCUUUUAUUUGACACAUCAAGGUUACACCACACAGCAAUAAAACUACCUCCAAGUUAUUUUAAUCUUAAGGCCCCAAAACCGAAUGAUAUUAAAAAUUCUGGUAACACAUAAACACAAAGGGCAGCCAAGGCAAUUUGUAGUCAUGUAUUUUACAGAAACAAAAAGUUAUAUAAUAUCUGUUAUUGUGAGCCUGUUUCCCCAAUAGUACUACGUAGAACUAUUUGGGUCUAUGAACCUUUUUUCCGGGAUGACAGGCUAAUGAACGUGGCAAUUGACUUUCUCCGCACCUCACUUCACGGCUGCUGAAAAGUAUCUUUGGUAUUUUUUUCCAGCUGAGCUUCGUAUUUAAACCAUUUCAUAACAUAGUAUCUAAUAUUGAUAUCUAUAAUUGUGCAGUAAAGAGAGUGUCUCGUCUGUCGUGAGAGUGGUAAGUAUCCCCGUACGUCGCAAGAGAGACCAGGUUUCGAUUCCCCGCCUGGAAGGGUUGUUUGUCUUGAUAUUGAGACAGAAGAACGAGAGAGAGAGAGAGAGAGAGAGAGAGAGAGAGAGAGAGAGAGAGAGAGAGAGAGAGAGAGAGAGAGAGAGAGAAAGAGAGAAGAUAGAAGAUAGAGACACAGAGGCUGGUUGAAAAGACUGGAACAGAAAGACGUACUGAGAAGAAGAGGAGCUAUAUUAUAAAUGUAAAAAAAUAAGGAGGAAACAAUUUUCAUAGAGUCUGCAAUUAAUUUCUUUAAUGCUAAUUAGAUAUUGUUCAUUUCGUAGAAUUGGGAGUUUCCAAGUAUUUCUGUGUUGUGCAAACAAUACUGAUCUUUCGUUGCAGUUCUUUUAAAAAGAAUUUAGAUUUUAGUCAGGCUGCACAACUCCUACUACCAUCUUUCCAAUCUAUUGUAUGAUUAUUUUGAUUAAUGUUAGCCAUAUCAAUGUUGUUGUUUUAAUCAUCAUCCUCAUCAUCAUCAUCAUCAUCAUCAUCAUCAUCAUCAUCAUCAUCAUCAUCAUCUUAACGAUCAGUCAAUGUUCAGCAAAAUGGCCAUAGGCAACAUCUGAAGGCAUUGUUGCUGGUACUGACGUCAUCAUUGUAAACACUUUCAAAAUAAUUGUUUGGGCUGAUCUUUUCGAAUGAGUAAAAAGAUUAAUAAAUACGUUUGAGUUAUGAGCUACA